AAGAAAAUCAGAUAGACUGCAGCUGUGCCACAGUGUAAUGGGCUUUAUUCUUGCCAGGAGUGACCAACAGUGGACUGUCCAUAAACAGCGUCCUUCAAAUAGGGCCGUGAAACCACCUUCUCCAGCAGGAUCUUCUCUCAGAUCAUCCUUCCUGAACUUCUUCUCCAUGUGCAUUCUCCAUGUGACCUCCUCCCUUGGACCAGUUGGACCAUUGAGCCGGGUCAAGUGCAUGGCUGAGUGAAGAGUGAAGAGUGAACUUGAGUGAGGUGGACCGUGGAGACUCAUCACCAUGGCUCUGGGUGCAGUAUGGGGCCGGGUGAAGAAUGUCUGCCAGCAGAAUGGCCUCCUCAUCAUGUCUGUUAUGGCCGUGGUGGUCGGCUGUCUGCUGGGAUUCUUCCUGCGCUCCAAACACCUCUCCGAGCAGGAGGUGAAGUACUUCCAGUUCCCCGGAGAGCUGCUCAUGAGGAUGCUGAAAAUGCUCAUCCUGCCUCUUGUCGUAUCCAGUUUGAUGUCUGGUCUUGCAGCCCUGGAUGCCAAGUGCUCCAGUCGGCUGGGCAUCAUGACCAUCUCCUACUACCUGUGGACCACCUUUGUAGCCGUGGUUGUGGGUAUCGUCAUGGUGAUCAUCAUCCACCCGGGCGGGGCCGCGCAGAAGGAGGACUCAGAGGACAGCGGCAAGCCCAUCAUGAGCUCAGCGGACGCCCUGCUGGAUCUUAUCCGCAACAUGUUCCCUGCAAACCUGGUGCAAGCAACAUUUCAGCAGUACCGCACCAAGAGCAUCCCCAUCUUAAAGCCCAGGCCUACAGUCAGCCAGGACAUAAUGGAGACCACCACCAGGCGGAUCUUCAUCUACGGCAUCCAGGAUGACAACGGAACCGACAUCCAGAACUUUUCUCUGGACUUAACUCCACCCCCAGACGUGGUUUUCAGAUCACUCCCGGGAACCAGCGAUGGCAUGAACGUCUUGGGUAUCGUCAUCUUCUCCGCUACGAUGGGCAUUAUGCUGGGAAGGAUGGGACCCAAUGGCAGUGCCCUUGUAAACUUCUGCCAGAGUCUGAACGAAGCUGUUCUGAAAAUCGUAGCCAUUGUUAUCUGGUAUUUCCCAUUUGGGAUCGUCUUCCUGGUGGCUGGGAAAAUCUUAGAGAUGGAUGAUCCGUCUGCGAUGGGGAAGAAACUCGGCUUCUAUGCCAUCACUGUUGUCAUGGGACUCGUUCUCCACGGCCUCUUCAUCCUGCCUUCCAUGUACUUUUUCAUUACCAAGAAAAGCCCUAUUGUCUACAUUCGAGGAAUUCUACAGGCUCUGCUCAUCUCACUCGCCACUUCAUCCAGCUCUGCCACACUGCCUAUCACUUUCAAGUGCCUCCUGGAGAACAACCACAUCGACCGGCGCAUCAUCCGCUUUGUGCUGCCCGUGGGUGCCACCAUAAACAUGGACGGCACUGCACUCUACGAGGCUGUGGCGGCCAUCUUCAUCGCUCAGGUCAACAACUAUGAGCUGGACUUUGGACAGAUCAUUACCAUUAGCAUCACCGCCACGGCGGCCAGCAUCGGCGCCGCAGGAAUUCCUCAGGCAGGACUGGUAACAAUGGUGAUCGUUUUGACCUCGGUGGGGCUGCCCACAGAUGACAUCACACUCAUAAUCGCUGUGGACUGGGCUCUGGAUCGCUUCAGGACGAUGGUGAACGUGAUGGGUGAUGCUCUUGCCACGGGUAUCAUGGCACACAUAUGCAGGAAAGACUUUAUAAAGGAAGGCGAAGAGAUCCCUCUCAUUUGUGAAACCAAGCCCAUGAUCAGCAUCCAGCAGAUGAUGUCCUACCAGAAAAACGGCUGCUUCCAGCCUCCUCCUCGAGGCCCCAGGAUACAGGAGCCCCUCUCUCCGGACGUGGCUCGCCUCAUGCAGCUAGAGGAGGGCAUCCGGCCGGCCGAGAAGAAGAAAUCCUCGCACCAACAUAAGAAAGAAGACAAGGACCUGGACCACUGCACCAUCGACAUGAACGGCCUUGAGACCAACGUCUAGACUCCCUCAGACCCGACGGGCCGGAGAAGACAGUGCCUGGUGUGCAGCCUCCCCCUCCAAGUAGCGAAAAAAAAAAAAAACGAUGGGAUGCUGAGACUGAAGCAUCUAGCUGCCCCCUGUCGUUUCUUGAUGUUCGUAAUUGUUUCACAAUGCAAUCGAGAGUGUCACCAUUGCCUGGAUCCCUCAGGUACGAAUGUGUGCUUGUAGCUGGACUUCAUAGACUUAAGAGAAUUUAUGAAAUUGUAUUAGAUUGAAGGGAGGAUUGAGGAUUAAGGAUUAAGGACUGGGGAUUGCAGAAACUUGGACCUACCUCUGGGAUCUUCACAGAGUAUCACAGAGCAAUUAUUAUUAUCGUUACUAAUAUUACUAUGGGCUCAUACUGCAGAGCUCAGUCUGGGCCUAUCCAUGUGUGUGGAGCAUUACAAGAGGAAAAGACUCUUAUUAUUGGUUUAUAAGCUCAUUUAACUCAUAUACUGUAUGUCUUGGAUACUCCUCCCUGGGACAUGGCCAAACAAGACACUAAUAUGUUGGCGUUUCAUAUAUUGGUGACUGUAUGUUCUUCUUUUCCCCCCUUGUUAUUGUUUUUUUUAUUUUUAUAAAGCCUUCCUGCUCUGCUGUUUCCCAGUUCAAAGUUUAAGGUUGAAUAACC